AUGAAGCAAUAUAAUGUUAUUGUCGGUGAGCCCGAGGGUCCCAAUGAAACAGCCCCUCGUAGAAAUGCGGUCAGUGCAACAGCAAUAAUAGAACGUCCUAUUGGAUUAAAGUGUAACACGGCUUAUGAGUUUUUGCUAGAGUGUUUUGAAAGAGGUGGUGAUCGAAACGCUGUGGCCUGGAGGGACACCAUUGAAAUUUAUGAGGACACUAAGACGAUUAAAAAAAUAGUUGAUGGAAAGGAGGUUGAAUCUCAGAAAACGUGGUUGUAUUAUGAGUUGACUCCAUUUAAGUAUAAAACUUACAAUGAACUUAAUCAGUUGAUGCACGACUAUGGUCGCGGCUUGGUGAAAAUAGGUUUACAGCCAAAAGAAAACAGAAUACACAUAUAUGCUGCUACUUCCGUUAAGUGGUUGGAGACCUAUUUGGCGAGUCAGACCCAAGCUUUGACUGUUGUUACGGCAUAUGAAUCCUUAGGAGAGGCUGGUUUAACCCACUCUCUAGUUCAGGCUGAAUCUAGGGGUAUAUUUGUUGACAACAGUUUAUUGCCCAACUUGAUAGGUCCUAUACAAAAAGCCAGUAAUUUGAAGUAUAUUAUCCAUGGUGAAAAGAUAGACCCUAAUGACAAGAGACAGAAUGGAAAAAUAUACUCUAAGGCUAGGGAUGCGGUACAGAAACUCCAAGAGCUAAGACCUGAUGUUGAAAUCUACAGCAUGGAAGAAGUCAUAGCUUUGGGUUCUGAAAACAGAGGCACUAUAGAUGUGCACCCACCAACUGCUGAAGAUAUCAACUGUAUCAUGUAUACUUCUGGUUCAACUGGUACUCCGAAAGGUGUUGUAAUUACCCACAGGAACUUUGUCGCGGGAAUUGGUGGUGUAAACGUUGUUUUUUCUAGAAAACUAGUUACAGAAAAGGACCGAUACCUUGCUAUUCUACCACUUGCGCACAUUCUUGAGUUAGUGGUUGAGAUGACUGCGAUAUACUGUGGCGCUCUAGUGGGUUAUGGUACGGUGAAGACAGUAUCUGAUGCGUCUGUACGUAACUGUAAAGGUGAUAUGAAAGAAUUUAAGCCUCAUGUAAUGGUUGGUACAGCGGCUGUCUGGGAGGGAGUUAGGAAGGGAAUUCAAACUCAGAUUGAUAAGCUGCCUAAGUUCAAGCAGAAGGUAUUCUGGUUUGCAUAUCGUUGUAAACUGGGCAUGAAGAAGUAUCACAUCCCUGGCGGCACGUUAUUGGGUAACCUGGUAUUUAAGAAGGCCAGGGAAGCAACCGGUGGUAAUUUACGUAUAAUUUUCAAUGGUGGUUCUCUUCUAUCCAAGGAUACUCAAAUUUUCAUUAGUAACUUAUUGGCACCUGUGCUAAUUGGUUACGGAUUGACUGAAACAGUUGCUAAUGGAGCUCUAGUUGAUCCAAGACACUUUGAAUAUGAUGUUACCGGUGAAUUAGCUGGCUCUAUUACUGCUAAGUUAGUUGACGUUGAGGAAUUGGGAUACUUUGCCAAGAAUAACCAGGGUGAGAUUUGGAUUAAGGGUGCAUCUGUUUUCAAACAAUAUUUCUGCAAUGAGGAAGAAACUGCAGCUGCAUUUGAAGAUGGAUGGCUAAAGACUGGUGAUAUCGGAGAGUGGAAAUCGAAUGGUAUCUUGAAAAUUAUUGACCGUAAGAAGAACUUAGUCAAGACAAGGAACGGUGAAUAUAUUGCUUUAGAAAAGCUUGAGAGUGUUUACAGAUCUUCCAAAUAUGUUGCGAACAUAUGCAUCUACGCUGAUCAGUACCAAGUCAAACCAAUUGCUAUUGUGGUUCCAAGGGAGGUUGCUGUUGUUGAUGCCGCUAAAAAGUUAGGAUUAAUUGAUAAUGACGGUAAUGUCGAUGCGGUUCUAAAUCACGAAAAGCUAAAGAGUGAAGUUCUAAAGGAUAUGAUUGCGACUGCGAAGGCUGCUGGGUUAGCCGGAAUUGAAUUGAUCUUGGGAUUUGUUUUCGCGCCAGAAGAAUGGACUCCAGAGAACGGAUUCCUCACACCUAGCCAAAAGUUGCAAAGAAGAAAGAUCUUGGACGCUGUGAGGGAAGAAGUUGAUAAGCUGUAUGCUUCAAACUCUUGA